AUGGCAGACAACAAAGGCGGCGCGGCCGGCAACGCGCCAGCGAGCCUGUCAGAAUACAAGAAGGCCCAGGCGAGGGUGCGGGAGCUGGUCGAGCGGCGCAGAGCCCAGGAGCGGAAACUCGCGGCGGUCGAGGACAGCAUCGCGAGCAAGGAGGCCGCGUACCUGGACAGCACGCCUGCUGGCAACAUCAUCACGGGCUUCGACAACUAUAUGAAGGGACAGAGCGGUGCGGCGGCGCAGCGGCGCAAGGCGGGCCCGGCGGAGCAGAACCGCGUGUUUUCGCGGUCGUCGGUGUCGUACAGGCCGAACAACGGGGACUCAACACCGGGAUCUACGCCCGCGUCGCACGCCCCAACGCCAGUGUCUGCAUCGUUCCGUGAUAGCGGGUCAGCGCAUCCGACGCCGUCGUCGGGGACUGGCAAGAACUCCAAGUCGAAGAAGAAGGAGAAGGAGACGGAGGAGAGCGAGGGAGACUCGCAGAUGGGCAAGAAGAGGACCAACUUUGGCGCGUCGAGAAAGUAG